AUGGUUUUGACAAGGUGGACAGGAGUGUCACUAGUGGCAUCUAGUGCUCUUUGUGCAGCAUUAGGCGCUUAUUUGGGUCGAUACUUUCUUCUUCGAGACUGGAAAGGACGUCUACAAAGUGAUGACGUAUUAGUGAAAGAUCUGGAGCAAGAAAUUAAGCGACAGAAACACCUACGUGCGCAGGAACGGACCGGUCGGACAAAUGCUGAACGAGAGGCGCGUGAAGCUCUGCAACGGCAACAAGAAGCGAUAGGCUACAGAUUUGAGGCGAUUGCUUGUGUGGAUUCAUGUUUUGUAGAUCGACGUGGUACGCCGAGGCAAGGUGGUCUUGUCAAGAAUUCAAGAGCACGCAUCACGUUCAAGACAAACAUCCCAUCAGCGUCUCUUCAAUGUCUUGAUCAGUUUAGCCAUUUGUGGGUGCUCUUUGUCUUUCAUGAGAACACCAACGUUGCAAAAGGAAAGACGAAAUCCACCUUCCCGGCUAAAAUUGCCCCACCUCGACUAGGAGGAAAGAAAGUUGGCCUCUUUUCAACACGUACACCACAUCGUCCAAAUUCGAUUGGUCUUUCGGUCGUCAAGAUAGAAGCUGUUUAUGAUCGGUGCAUUGAGAUCAGUGGCCAUGAUCUUGUAAAUGGCACGCCUGUGCUGGAUGUAAAACCAUACGUACCUGCAGACAAUGUACUGGACCACAUUAUACCAGAUUGGGUGGCUGCUGACACGGAUGUGAUCGCAAGACCUGUCGAGUUCAUGCCAGAAGCUACGGUGUCACUGACAGAACUCGUGAAUGCAAACUUGUCGUCUUUUUACUCCAAUGUCGUAGAUUUAAAGACUGCGAUUGAGCAAAUGCUUGUCUUGGAUAUUCGUAGCGUGCACCAGGGACGCGGAAAGGCUACCGAGACCCAGCAAUUUCAGUGCCGUUUUGAUACAGUGCAGAUCGAGUUUACAACGUUGGAUGAGUGUAUCCGUGUGUUAAGUUGCACACGUUAUACCACGCCACAGGAAUCACGGGUCCUAUUGAAACAACAGCAGGAGGAAUAG